CAAUGCGCAUCUCAUUUUUCGCAUGCCUGGCAAUCUCGGCCCUGGCAUACGGAAUCCCGCUACAGUCCAAAAACACGCCUCCAGGCUCCUACUUUGUCGAGUUCCAAGGCGAGCCGGCCAGGGCAGAAUGCGAUUCUGAGCACAAGCAGUUCUACAAGGAGGUCACUGCUGCCGGCAUUAACAUGUACACGCGCAACACAUUCAAACGCCUGUUCAACGGCGUGGCAAUCGAUUUGCCCAACACGCGCAACCUCGAGCGGUUGGAGGGUCUGCCAAGCAUGAGAUCUCGCUCGACAGCAAUCCCGUCGACCAAUCACACGGGCGUCGACAGGGCCCAGGCCGAGCUCGGCCUGGACGGUCGCGGAAUCAAGGUUGGAGUCAUCGACACUGGCGUGGACUACAUGCAUCCAGAGUUGGGUGGCUGCUGGAAGACACCUGGUUGCCCGUUCCAAUAUGGCAGCGACUUUGUUGGCGACGGCUAUGACUCUGGCCCUGACCCACGCGACACGUGCGACGGACACGGCACGCAUGUCACUGCCCAAGGCGUCGCGCCCAAGGUCACGCUGGGUGCCUACCGGAUUUUCGGCUGCCCUGGAAACGGUACGGGCCAGUCAGCCGAUGACGCCAUGGAGGCUGCUUAUGCCGAUGGGAUGGACGUUAUCAACAUGAGCUUUGGCGGCGGAAGCGGGUGGAGCGAGGACCCAUUGUCAGUAGCCGCGUCCCGACUGGUCCGCAAAGGCAUUGUUAUGGUGGCCUCAGCCGGAAACGACGGCUCCAAUGGCCUGUAUACGUCGGGGUCACCGGGUCUUGGCGUGGGUGUGAUCAACGUCGCGUCCUUUGAGAACUGGAUGAUAACUAGUCUGAGCAUUGAUAUUGUUGGUGUCAACAAAAACACGUCAAUCGUCCACUCACCGCCCGGAAACAACAAGUACCGCUUUAUGUUUGACACCCCGGCUGGCGUAGUUGCUCCCAAGGACGGCGCCGGCACAGUCGAGGGAUGCGCGCCAUACGCGGAAAAGUACACCAACAAGAUCCUGUUGAUCAAGCGCGGUAACUGCACGUUUGUAGAUAAGGCGGCCUAUGCACAGGCAGCCGGAGCAGUCGGCGUGAUGGUGUACAAUACUGAGGCCGAGCUGAUGUCACCGACCUCGGUCAGCCCCAACGUCACCAUCCCACUCGUGGUGAUCAAAGCUGAAGACGGCCAGGGCAUCCUCAACGAGCUCCAGGUUGGUGCCGUUUCACUCACGGCCACCAACCACACCAGGAGCGUCAGCAACCCUGCUGGAGGCCAGAUCUCGCGCUUCUCGUCGUGGGGUCCUGACCCCGAGCUGCACCAGUCGCCAGCUGUGGGUGCGCCCGGCGGUAACAUCUUUUCCACAUUCCCCCUUGCUCUUGGCGGAUACACAUCUCUCUCAGGAACGUCAAUGGCAUCGCCGUAUGUCGCCGGCAUGGCCGCGCUGAUCCUGCAGGCGCGCACCAAGAAGAUUGGCGUCGAGGAAGUUCGCAGGCUAAUUGUCGAAAGCGCACAUCCGGCCUUGGAGGCAAACAGCACCACAAUCAUGUCGCCCUUGCGCCAGGGCUCAGGCCUUGCCAACAUCUGGGACUCGGUGAACGCACUCGCAACCAUUGAUCCGUCACGGCUGUCGCUUAACUAUACGGAAAGCGAUGCCGAAAGCUCCGCUAGCUGGGGCCUGGACGGUCAGCAGCACGUGGUUGGGCAAAGCACUCGCAUGCUGACUCUGUUCAACCACAGUCCAACCAACUUUAUGACCUGCACCAUGACCAGCCUCGCUGCAAUGUCCGUGUCGUCGUACAUGGCCAACGGCAGCUUUACGGCCGUUCCGCGUAUGUGGCCAAAUGUUAACAGCACCGAGGUGGUCGCAGCAGACACACAGCCGCAUGCCUAUAUUGAAAGCCCAGGCCUGCCCAUUCGCGUUGCUCCUGGCACGUCGCAGCGGGUGUACGUGCGCGUCGUCGCGCCCACAGGACUGAGCACAAAUGACAAGUGGUUCUACGGCGGCUACCUGCGAUUCAACCUGCUGUGGGAUGACCGGGUUGGCACUGCUCAGUCACUGCAUGUGCCGUAUACAGGCUUUGUAGGGGACUACACAAAGCUCGAUGUGCUGUCAGCGCCCGAGGGUGGACUGCCAUUUGACAACGCCCACGUCAUCAUCGACAGUACGCAUAAACUUGUAGUGCACUACCGCUUAGAGCAUCCGACGCGACUGCUCAAGUUGCGUCUAGUGGACGACGCCAAUACCACACGGGGUAUUUGCCCAAUGUACAUUGGGCGCAAUUACCAGAGUGCCCGCGGCCGCUACUCUAACUCGACAAUCAACGGGACGCUUUACCAGGACACCGAUCUGACCAAGCCGUUCGAGACUACGCCCGGUGCCUACCGCGUGCGCAUCGACGCUCUGCGCCCUCUGCGCAACCCGACCGAUCCCGAGGGCUACCAGAUCUGGCACUCUCCGCGCUUUAUAAUCGACUCUGUGUCGCUGGCAAAGAACUCGACUGUAGUCGCGCAGGACUUUGAGGGAGGCGAAGAAAUUUUGAGGAACGGCGAGAUCUUUUAAUUGAUUUUCUUUUCUCAUGAUAUAUAUUUAUAACGAGA